AUGUCAGCAGCAUCACCGACUCCAAUGGGCCCGGGCAGCCACUUCACCUCCCUCGGCCGGAGAACAUCAGCGCGCCAGGCUUUGCGCAGGCCAACUUCCCGCCCAGCAUUCAGUCGCAGCGAAUCUCAGCCCGCCGUCCAGGGUGCUCAAGAGGCUCCCCUGAGCGCAAACCGUCUCGAGCCUCAACCUGCACAGCAGCAGUAUGAUGCCAUGCACGACAGCUCCGAUGACGAGAUCCCAGUGCCCAUGAAGCUCAGUGCCCUGACUAAGGCUCUACUGAACGACGGCGGCGCAACAGAUGCCUCGGCAGCCCCAACCGCCCGACGUGUCAAUGACUCACUGAACCAGAAGCCGGAGCCCAGGGUCAUGACGAGGAGGCGGAGUUAUCUUACCAGGAACUCUUCAUCUGCUGUGGACGAUAGGGAACCAGCGCCAGCCCAUGUGCCGGAGCCGGAGCCGGACCGCCCGCUUAGGGAAACUCGGCGACACACCAGGACCAGCAGCGCUGCAGGUGCGGUCGCGCCCUCCAGGCAAGCAUCACCCGCGCGAUCAAGGGAAAGUAGCCCGCCACCGCGCAAGCGCGUCGUUCGGCUUAGCAACACGCCCGGUAUGGCACCUGUGCAGACUAGUCGACUGAGGAGGUCGUUGUCAACCUCUACAUCCAGACGGCCAGAAAGCCGCGCAGGGGAUAUGGAUGAGAGCAUGCACAGCGCGGGCGCUGCCGCGCCUGCCGACGAGGCAGACAUCAACACCCCGGCGCAGCCCGUCCGCCGGGUGCAGAUUGCAGUUGGGUCGUCACACAAACGACAGUCAGCUGGCAGCUCCUCCGGUUUCGCCUCCAGAAGUGCCGGCUCCUCCAUGCGCGGCGACCAGGAGGGUCCUGAAGACCCGCAAACGGCACCUCGACCGCAGUCCGCCAUGGGCAGUGUCUCAAAAUUUGGCGGCAGCGCAAGUGUGAAAUCAAGAGAAGAACAGAAUGCCCAGGGUUCUGUCCGGGUCAAGAGGCUCGGAAAGAUCCCAGGAAGUUUCCUCAGUGGACCUGCUCGCCGCGGUAGGAGACGCGAGAGUGAGGAGGACCGGCUGGCUCGGGAAAACGAGGACGGCGACAUGAUGUAUGUCCAAGAACAGGAAGACUUUCCGCCGCCCGAAGUUGGCCGCAGCGGUGCUGAGCCCCAACCACCGUCGUUUUACGAGUCGGCGUACCGGGACCUCGCCGCGUCCGGCAGUCCUGUCAGCAGCAAAGACUUGCGAGCAGGGAGCCGAAGGCAAUCCCAUGCAGACCUCCGGGCAGCCUCACUGAGCGAGGCUCACAGGGUAAUUGAGGCAGCCCGUGAGGAGGCAGCCCGUGAGCCGCUCGAAAUGCCAGCAACACAUGACCAGGAGAACGAAGUACCUGUCGCCUCAGCUUUUGAGAGACGGCGACCUUCAGCCGGUAUCCAACCUGAGAAGGACCAGGAUAAGAAGCUGCUUCGAUCGCCUAGUCUCGUUGAGAUUGGCUACAGAGCAGUGCCCCGAGCUGCUUCGCCAGAGCGCCCGAUCCUGGCAUCAGUCAGCCAUAAUGUCCAGAAAACGCCACACGUUGUGAUACCGAUGCAGCGAUCUGCACCACCUCCGCCACCGAAGAUGAGUGUCCUAGAUGCCGCCACUGCUACAGGUGGUGCCGCCACUACGAAAGAAGCCGCCAAGAAGAGAAGCAUCAUCCUCAAGGUAAACGGGCGUUCGUAUCAACGGGUAGAUUGCAUUGGCCGGGGCGGUAGCGCAAAGGUCUACCGGGUCACGGCGGAAAACGGCAAAAUGUUCGCUCUGAAGCGAGUUAACAUUGAGAGCGCCGACGAGACAAUGCUAAAGGGCUACAAGGGCGAGAUCAACUUGCUGCAAAAGCUGACGAACGUGGAACGUGUCAUUCAACUCUACGACUUCGAGCUCAAUGAAGAGAAGCACGUGCUAAGUGUGCUCAUGGAGAUCGGUGAACUAGAUCUCAACACCCUCCUGAGAGUCCGGCAGAACCAGGAGGGUGCCAAACUCGAUCCCGUGUUCAUCCGGUAUUACUGGAAAGAAAUGCUCGAAUGUCUAGCCGCCGUGCACACCCACAACAUUGUGCACAGCGACCUCAAGCCAGCAAACUUCGUGAUGGUGCAAGGUCGUCUGAAACUCAUCGAUUUUGGAAUCGCAAACGCCAUCCAGACUGAAGAGACCGUGAACGUGCACCGUGAGACCCAGGUCGGCACGCCCAGCUACAUGAGCCCCGAGAGCCUGAUGGACUCGAGCCACUACGCAUUCACGUCCGCGAAUGGCGGGAGAUACUGGCACGGGCCGCGGGGACCCAAGCUCAUGAAGCUGGGCAAGCCAUCUGAUGUGUGGAGUCUGGGUUGCAUCCUAUACCAGAUGGUUUAUGGCAACUCUCCCUUUGGGCACAUUCAGAACCAGAUGGCACGCUGCCAGGCCAUCAUCAAUUGGUCCCACAAGAUAGAAUUCCCAGAGAAGGGUAUCGGGGGCGUGAAGGUCCCGCCAAGCCUGCUCCGGACCAUGAAGAAGUGCCUCGACCGAGACCAGCAUGUGCGGCCGUCAUGCGCGCAACUUCUGGGUGAAGAUGACGGUUUCCUGUACCCAAUCGAGUAUGCGAGUGAUGUAAUGGGCGCCGCGGACAGCCUGCCCAUCACGGAGGAGCUUCUGGGGCGAAUUAUCCAGAGUGUCGUCACUCGCUGCCGCGACAGGCUACCAACGGACGGCGAGGCCAUCAAGACGUGGCCAGCAGCAUACUGGACCAGUGUACGCAAGGCCAUCGAGGCAAAGCAGAGCGAGGGAGAGAGGCGGUAG